CGUACCUUGAGAUGUGUUUACAGAUAAAGAUAAUUUAAUUUCUCAAACGGCAAAACUAGUUUGAUUUUAACACCCAUCAGACUUUACAGAAUGCCUAGAAUACUUAUUCGUACGAGCUUGAAAGAUGCAGAUUUACAAGAUGACUUUGAGGACAAAGUAGCGCAGAAAAUUAGCGAGGUUCUUGAAUAUCCGUUAGAGUUGGUGUACAUAAAUGUAUCAACAGGUAACAGAAUGAUAAAUAAUGGAAGGAAAACACCUAUGAUGUUUGUAGAUAUAGAAUCAGUGAACAGGUUUAAUGCGAAAGUCAACGAUGAUUACACAAAAGUCUUUAUUCCAUUUUUUGCUUCAUUACUGAGCAUGCCAACUAAUAGAAUUGUUGUAAAAUAUCAUGAUGCAAAAGUUCCCGAUUUUGGAGUCGUUAGACAAGCGCCAGAAUUCAAAAAUGCUGAACAUUAUAUAGCAUUGAAGGAAUAA